CUCAUUAAGCCUCAAGAUCUUAAUUUUACACUCUAAAAUGAAAGAUAGGUUCAUUUCAAAAAGGGACGCAAGCACUCCUGCUUCAGAAAAAUGGAUGGAACUAGCUGACGAUCGCAGAUAUAACCUUAGGCACAAAAGAGCCCAAAAAGGGACACCUAACACUACAGAUGAUAUUAACUUUUCAAAUAUUUCUAAAAGAAUCAGAAAAAUAGGAUUUCACUGGGAUGAAGAUAGUAACGUUGAUGUUGAAGAAUCAGAGGAUGCUGCUCAAAGCUCUGAGGAAGAAAAGACUGAAAAAUGAGUCAGCCAAACGCCAUAUUACAAUAAUAUCCUCUACUCUCUCAUGCUUGAUGAUGAAUUUACCGAUGUUGCACAACUUUAUCAGGAAAAUCCUACCUACUGAGGUAAGAAAUUGAUGAACAUGGCGGAUAAGAAGUCAAAGAAAAAGCCUUUAGAAUGAUCUUAUCAUAGGGGAACCGUUAAAUUUGGAUAUGAAUGUGGUAAAAUUUGGAAUGUCCCAAAAAGUGCUUAUAAGGUCCUUGAUGCACCCUCACUCAAGGAUGACUACUAUAUUGACAUCCUCAAGUGGGGUAAUCAAGGCUACAUCGCAGUUGCCUUGGGCAGCUGAUGACAUCUCUGGGACUCGAUCACUGGAAAAGUUAUUAACAGUAUUAAAGUGGAUGACGAUGAGGACAAUGUUCCAAUUACCUCUGUUUGAUGGACCAAUGAUGGGAAAGAUCUCGCUAUUGCUUCAAAAGAUGGCUAUGUAAGAAUUUAUGAUCUUAAUAAAGAAAUUAUCAAGAAGACAAUCUGCCUGUAUUUAGAAGCAAAUCGAUCUCGGAUCGGCUGCCUGUCCUGGUCGUCUCACUCUCUUGCAAUCGGAACUCAGGACUAUAACAUAUAUCUCAGUGAUCCGAGGAUGGAGCUGAGUACAUAUCGGAUACUAAAGUCUCAUGAACAGGAAAUCACUGGAGUAAAGUGGUCUCCGGAUGGCUGUAAUCUUGCUUCAGGUGGGAAUGAUAACAAAUUAAAAAUUUGGAGUACUAUCUAUCCCAAGAAACCGAUAUAUACUCAUGAAGACCAUCAAGCAGCUGUGAAAGCAAUUGCUUGGUCUCCAUUCAAGCAUGGCAUGCUAGCAAGUGGAGGAGGUAUUCAGGAUGGAAAUAUCCUAUUCUGGAAUACUAAAAAUGGUAAAUGAAUCGAUAAAAUAGCAGCUAAAACUCAAAUCUGCUCUCUAGAGUAUUCUCAAAAGGCUGGUGCUCUAGUAUCUUCUCACGGUCAUGGCGAGCCUGGCCAUGAAACGCAGAACAGUCUUGUUUUAUGGGACUACAAGACACUUAACCGGACUGCUGUUAUAAAGGCUCAUAAAACACGAGCUCUUUAUAUGACUCUGAAUCCCGACCAGGACGUUGCUGUUACUGGAUCAAUAGAUGAAACUCUGAAGUUCUGGCAAAUUUGUCCCAAUAUGAAGAACUCCAAGCUUGGAUGAGACAAGAGAAGAAACACCAUAUCUUAUAAGGAUCCAACAAAUUUUGUAAAAAGUGAACUUUACAGGUAA